AUGGGCCGGCGAUGGUUCCUCUGCCUGGGCCUCUGCCUGGUCACCUGGCGCCUACACAGCGCCUUCGCCGGGGCCUUGCAGCUCGGCGCGGCUUCUCGUGGCGCGCGAACGGUGCGGCGGGUGCGGGAGAGGAAGGUGAACCGUGCACCUCGUCAAGGCAGAGCAAGAAGCGGCAAAGCUUCGGGCCAGACGGAUCCCAGAGUGAUUACAAAGCGCAUCUCGCAGCUGGCGUCUGCUUCGGAGGUGCUGGCAGUGGUGAAGCAGGAGCAGCUCAACCCGAAGCUGAACCUGAUUUGUAUCUCAGCAGCCUGGGCGAAGAUUGCAAAGAUGCCGCGCAGCCUGGCUGUUGGUUUGGAUGAUGUGCGGCAUGAUCCCUUCUUUCCAGCCUUCGUUCUCUUGACAGAAGACUGGGCAAAGAAGGCGGGUGCGGAGCCCAAGGUUUAUGCACGUGCAGUGGCAAGUACACUUUGGGCUGUUUCCAAACUUUACGCCUUCGUGCCUUCACGCCUGGCAAGUCUACAGAAACAACUGAGCAUUGCAGUUCCGAAGACAGCAGAGUAUAUGGACGCACAGGCGAUAGCAAAUAUCAUUUGGGCCAGCAUGACUCUUUGCUGGCCUUGCUGCCGGCGUUAA